AUGCCUGCUUCAAUUGAAGCUUCCAAUAAGAAACGCAAGAGCAGCAAGAAUGCUGGUGCCCCCUCCAAGCGUCGCGCUGUUGCGAACGAGGACGAUUUCGCCGACACUUUGACCAAGAUUCAAGAUCUUGAAAAUCAGAUUGCGGAGUCACGAAAAUAUUACAAUAAUAUUGCAACUUUGAUUUCCAUGCUCAAUGUUAGAGAAUCGGCCAAGAAGCCCGAGCUUGCAGUGGCGGUAUCUCUGUGUCGAGUGUUCAGUCGAUUGAUCACAGCGGGCAGCUUCUCAGAGUCGAGUCGCGCGGCCGAAAAUGAGAAGAUCGUUGCAGCAUGGUUGAAAGAGCGGUGUCUUGAAUAUCAGCGGGCUUUGCUCGCGAUAAUGCGCCAGGCUGAUACUGCUUCCCAGAUUACUGCCCUUACACUAAGCAUGCGCCUUGUUAAGGAACGUCUAACUCACAUCCCGGGUGCCGAAAAUAGUGUUUGGUCAAAUUCCUUCAAAGAUAUCUUCGAGGCCGUUGUCGAGGCCCAAGAUGGGGAGGAUUUGCAGUCCGAGUUUGUCACAAAAUUUGUGAAGGAAUUCGAGGAUGUGAGAUAUCACACUUUCGAGCAAACAAGUGUGUACGCCGAAACUCGACGAAACUCCACUGUCCUAGAAAUCCUCAUUUCCAUUCUCUCUGCGCACGACGAAGUGCCUGGUUCAGGCCACAAGUUCGAGAAAUUCCUCGCAACACCCGCUGCUAACAACAAGCGCAUCACUUCGGUGAACACACACAAAAAACGAGCUCAGGAGGCAUGGCUGGCCAUUCUUCGGAACAAUCUCUCAGAAGCACAACGGAAGUCUCUUCUACGUCUGAUGGCGCACAUCAUUGAGCCUUGGUUCAGUCGCCCAGAGCUCCUUAUGGAUUUCCUGACGGACUCAUAUAACGCUGGUGGUGCAACCUCCCUCCUCGCCUUGUCUGGUCUUUUCUACCUGAUUCAAGAGAAGAAUCUUGACUACCCGCAAUUCUACACAAAACUUUACUCGCUUCUAGAUGCAGACCUUCUGCACUCCAAGCACCGAUCUCGUUUCUUCCGACAACUGAACACCUUCCUCUCCUCCACCCAUCUUCCCGCUGCUCUUGUAGCCAGCUUUAUCAAACGCCUCGCCCGUCUGGCUCUAAAUGCGCCUCCCUCAGCUAUUGUGGUCAUCGUCCCCUUCAUGUACAAUCUGUUCAAAAGCCACCCUACUUGUACAUUCAUGAUGCAUAGAGUCAUCCGAGACAAAGAACUCGCAUCCGAAAUAGAGGCAGAGGGCAUGGAAGAUCCUUUUGAUCCCAAAGAAUUAGACCCCAUGCGCACGGACGCUAUUGAAAGCAGCAUCUGGGAGAUCGAGACCCUGCAGUCUCACUACCACCCCAAUGUCGCUUCCAUAGCCCGCAUUAUCUCAGAGCAAUUUACAAAACAGGCGUACAGCCUGGAAGACUUCCUUGACCACACCUACCAGGGAAUGGUUCAAGCGGAACUUGGAACUGGUGAGCGGCCGUUGAAGAAAAUUCCCGUGGUGGAAUACCAAAUUCCCAAGAGAAUCUUCACAGAUCGCAUGUUAGAGGAAGAUGGUGGGGUGGACACUGCUCCUGCUGCAUUUAUUCGUGAGUUGUGGAACUUUUCUUGA